UCUUCCGAAACAAAAAGGGCAAAAAAAAAAAAAAAACAAAAAAAAAAACCCGAAAACGAAGCACGGAAUCAAUAGCGCCUAUGGCAAGACGAUUCCUCGCGCCAUCCUUCUUCUUCUUCGUCCUCCUCCUCCACCUCUCGGUCCCGGGCGAUGCCAAAACCCGAGAUCCCUACAAGGUUCUUGGUGUUGACAAAAAUGCCAGUCAGCGCGAUAUUCAGAAAGCCUUUCACAAGCUCUCUCUUCAAUAUCACCCUGACAAGAAUAAAGCCAAGGGAGCACAGGAGAAGUUUGCAGAGAUAAAUAAUGCUUAUGAGAUUCUGUCCGAUGAAGAGAAGAGGAAGAAUUAUGAUCUUUACGGAGAUGAGAAGGGCACCCCAGUAUAUGAUGCUGGAUUUAAUGGUGGAAACUUUGGGAACCAUGAAGGAUAUACCCACUUUACAUCUGGUGGGCCUGGAAAUGGGUGGCAGUCAACGGGUGGCCAAGGCAAUACCAAAACAUUCUCUUUCUCCUUUAGUGGUGACCCAACUGCCAGCGGAAAUCCAUUUGGCUUUGGUUUUGGUGAUUUAUUUUCCAGAUUCUUUGGUGGUGGGAUGAAGAGUGAGAGCCAGAGUGGAUUCAGUAAUUUUGGCGGAUCUAAGUCAAAAUCUGCUAGUCCUAGGAAAAUUGAGGAUGUUAACUUGCAAUUCUUCAACAAACAAAUAAGAGAUCAAGGGAUGACUUGGCUUUUGUUGUUCUACACUCCAUCAGCAAAAGGAUACGAUGUAUUAGAAAGUGUCGUGCAGGAUGUUGCCGAUAUGUUAGAUGGAGUCAUAAAGGCGGGUAAAAUAAACUGCGUUAGCGAGAAAACUCUUUGUCAGGAAGUUGGUACAUCUUCAAGCAAACGAGCUCGCCUGUUCAUCUAUUCAUAUAUAUCAAGUGAUAAAGGUUCUUUACUUGAAUAUACUGGGGAUCUUGACACUAAGAGCCUGAAGUUAUUCUGCCAAGAUCACCUACCAAGGUUUUCCAAGAAGGUAGAAAUAGGGAAAAAUGAUUUUCCCUCAAGCACCUCAGAAAAGCUUCCCCAAGUGCUUCUGCUCUCCACUAGGAAAGACGCCCCGGCAAUAUGGCGUGUUGUCAGUGGCUUGUAUCAUAAACGCUUCAUUUUCUACCACGCAGAGGUUCAUGAUGUUUCCCAUCCUUGGCUGAAAAAGUUGGGUGUCAGGGAUCUACCAGCUAUAAUGGGAAGAACUGUGAAUGGGGAGCAACAUCUUCUGGGAGCGGGAAUUGCUGCAAAGGAUCUUAAAUCAGGUGUCAAGGACCUUAAAUCAUUGCUUGAAAGUUUUGAGAAGAAAAGCAAGAAAGCAACAAACCAAGCCAAGAAAUCAUCUGAGACUGAACCUGAAGGGGCUAAUGUUCCUCUCCUCACCCCUUCGAAUUUUGAUGACAUUUGCGGUGAUAAGACUUCUCUUUGCAUCAUUGGCGCAUACAGAUCAUCUAAAGCGAAAGAAAAGUUGGAAAAGAUUUUGACAGCGAUCUCUCAGAAGACUUUAGUGAGGCGGCAGGAUCGGGUUAUCAGCUCUGGGAAGUCAAUCUCCUACUCGUUGUUGGAUGCAGCCAAACAUUCGUCAUUUCUAUACUCUUUCGACAAGUCUGGCUACAAGUCCUAUGAUAAGCUUCUGGUAGCGUACAAGCCACACAGAGGGAAUUUUGCGGCUUUCACUGGUGAAAUUACAAUGGAAAAAGCGGAGGAGUUUGUGGGUUCAGUUUUGAAUGGAGAUAUCCAGCUCUCGAAAAUCAGACGAAAACCUGUUCUUAAAUGAUGCAGAGAAUACACUUACUUAUACAGGAAUGGAUUGUUCGGAUAGUUUCGAGCUCUGCGGUUUGAUUCGUAGUGGCUUUUUCUGGUGACAUGCUGCUAGCCACUUUGCGGACGAAGAAAGUAUGGGUAGUGCUGGUCCACUAUCUCUGUAUAGCAAAUGUGAGAACCUAAAUUAAGCAUGAAAAGGGUUCUUGUGAAAUAUAUUUUCCUGAUUUAAGUUGGCAUUGAAAUUUUUAGAGUUUUAUAUUUGUUUCGCUUUUAUUGUCCUUUUGGUAAUAGCUAGCCUCUAUAUGUAACAGAUAGAUUCCAACUUUUAUUAGUUCACAAUCAUUGCAAUUUUGGUGAAUCCGUAGAUGUCUAUUGUUUUUCAUUUGUAAAGAGGACAUUAAUGGUUUAUUUA